AUGGCCUCCGCUUCCCAGGGCCCAUCUCAUGCCGCCGCUCUGGAAAACGCCGCCAUCGAGGUGGUGCGCGCCGAUCUCGCCCGUCUCCAGGCCGCCAAGGAGGACGCCGCCCUCAUCAACGCGGCCGAGGACGCCGUCACACGCCUGGAGGAUCUCCGCGCCGCCUGGGCGCAGCUCGACGCCGACUUGAAAGCCGCCCAAGCCGUGGCCGUCCAGGCAUAUGCGGCGGCCCAGGCACACGCCGCCACCACUGCGCCCCAUGCCCAGGCGGUGGCUGUCUCCAGCAUCAAGGCCGCGAUCCCCAUCGUCCUCGAUCUCUCCUCGACGAACUAUACCAAGUGGAAGGCCCUAUUCCUCAACACCCUUGGUAAAUAUGAGCUGACCGACCACGUCUUGGUUGAGAUUGAUGACGACACCGCCGCCGAUCCAUAUUGGGCGCGUAUGGAUUGCACGGUGAAAUCCUGGAUUUUCAGCAGCAUCACGUCGAAACUGAUGGAGAUCGUUCACACCGGCACGCCGUCUGCCCGCGAGAUGUGGCAGAACAUUGAGGAACAAUUCAUCGGCAAUAAGGAGACGCGCGUCCUCAUGCUCGACAGCCAGUUCCGUACUUUUGUACAGGGCACUCUCACCAUCACCGAGUAUUGCCGCAAACUCAAAAGUAUGGCGGAUGGCCUGGCUGAUCUCGGGCACCCGGUGGAGGAUCGCACCCUCGUUCUCUCCGUUCUUCACGGUUUGAACGAGCAAUUCGAGUACAUGGCGGCCCUCAUCAAACGCUACUGCCCGUUCCCGUCCUUCGUCACCAUGCGCUCCGAUCUUGAGCUGGAGGAGAUCAACAUGCUAUCCAAGGCGCCCUCACAAGCCCUUGUCGCUGCAGCCCCUCCACGGACAACGACACCCGCGACGCCUGCUGGUGGCGGCGCCCCUUCGACUGCUGCUGCUGCUACCUCGCCUUCCGCGGUGUCUCCCUCUGGCGGCGCGACGCCUCGCGGCAAGGGUCGUGGCCGCGGUAAGGGGUGCGGUCGCGGAGGGCCGGCGUGGUCCACCACCUUUAACCCAAUGACUGGGACGUUCCAGGUGUGGCCCGGCUACAACUCGGGUGUUCUCGGCGCUCGUCCACGCGCCCCUGGUGCCGGCGCUCCCACUGGUCAUGCGCUAACUGCGCAGGGCACACACGGCGCUGCACCCGCCUUCGGUCUUUCGGGUGCGUCCCCUGGCUAUGACGCGCCAGGCGCGCCGACCCCCGGCUUUGGUGCUUGGACGCCUUCCCCGCCUGCUCCGUACUAG